CGCUGAGGCGACGGAGAGACUCGCCAACGGCCACGGGGCAGCUCGCGCGCCCUCUUUUUCGCUCGCCCGCUCCUCGAGACGGAGGUUUGUGACAGUUCUGUAAGGAGAAGGGAAAAUGUCAUUCCGAAAAGUGAACAUCAUCAUCCUGGUCUUUGCUAUUGGUGUCUUUUUGUUAGUUCUGCAUCAUAACUUCCUGGGUCUGAGUGAUUUGUUAAGGAGAGAGAUCUCAGAUUCAAAUCUCGUGGGAUUUCAGCCAAUCGAUUUUGUCCCCGAAGCCCCGGAAGACUUGGUAGAUGAGAUCGGAGACGAAAUCCCCGUGGUCAUCGCAGCGUCUGAAGAAAGACUCGGGGGCACCAUUGCAGCUAUCAAUAGCAUUUAUCAUAACACCCAGUCCAAUGUGGUUUUCCACAUUGUUACUCUGAACAGUACUGCGGAUCACCUCAGAUCCUGGCUUAAUAGCGCUGCGCUGAAAAACGUCAAACACAGAAUCGUGAACUUCAACCCUCAACUUCUGGAAGGGAAAGUCAAGGCGGAUCCAGACCAACCGGACCCUGUGAAACCAUUAACCUAUGCAAGAUUCUACCUGCCUAAUUUGGUUCCCCACGCAAAUAAGGCAGUUUACGUGGAUGACGAUGUAAUCGUGCAAGAUGAUAUUCUUGCUCUCUAUAAUACGCCUCUGAAGCCUGGUCACGCAGCUGCGUUUUCAGAAGACUGUGACUCAACCUCUUCUAGAGUGGUCGUCCGUGGAGCAGGAAAUCAGUACAAUUACAUCGGAUUUCUGGACUACAAAAAAGAAAGGAUUCGGAAACUUGCCAUGAAAGCCAGCACGUGCUCUUUUAAUCCUGGGGUCUUCGUUGCAAAUUUAACAGAAUGGAAACAACAAAACAUCACAGACCAGCUGGAAAAAUGGAUGAGACUUAAUACGCAAGAGGAGUUAUAUAGCAGGACCUUAGCGGGCAGUGCCGCGACACCGCCUCUGCUAAUUGUCUUUUACAGACAGCAUUCCAGCAUAGAUCCCAUGUGGAACGUCCGACAUCUUGGCUCUAGUGCUGGCAAAAGAUAUUCACCCCAGUUUGUGAAAGCUGCCAAAUUGCUCCACUGGAAUGGGCACUUUAAGCCAUGGGGAAGAACCGCUUCCUAUGCCGAUGUUUGGGAGAAAUGGUAUAUCCCAGAUCCUACUGGCAAAUUCAGUCUGAUCCGGAGACAUCUCGAGACCUCAAAUGCAACAUAAAACGGAUUGCGGAUCAUCGGGAAACACUAGAACACCAUAACCCUGGGGGAUCACAGGACUUACCGUGGGCGGAGCCCAAGGAAAGGAGAUUCGCCCGCCCUGUUGCCCUCCAAUGUCCGUUAUGGAAGUCAAUCUCCACCUCCCCUACUUGGACCAGUGUGCCUUAUGUCACUGCCCCGUACUGCAGAGAGAAUCUGACACUAAGGAAAUGGAAUCAAAAAUGGCUGUUUUGUACCCAAUGUGUAUACCCUGUGGCCACACACUUCUUUAAGAUGGUAAUCCUUUUUUGCACAACUCAUUCAAUUAUAUUUGACGAUAAAGGUUGUAGUAUAUCCCUCUUCCUCCAGCUUGGUUUUAAACCCCACCAUCUCCAGCCGUCGUGGCUGACCGGCAAAAUCUCUUUGAAAGUGCAAUUGUAAAUGUCCAAAAUAACCUUGGUACUCACCAACUUUUUAUCCAGCUCAACCCAUCGUCUUGUGGGUGGAAGAUUAUCAGCAGGCAGGGGGGAAAAUCACCUUUGUGGUAAGCAGAGGACCUGGGCUCUAAUUCCAGCCUCCUCAAUCACCUGGUGUACGGCCCCAAGCGACUUCUUUGGACCUCAGCUUCUUCCUCUGUAGUGGGGAUUAAAUUCCUGUUCUCCCUC